CGCCGACACCGUGGGCUCCCGUCCGUCCAGGCGUGGACCAGUCCCACGCGGCCCCCGGUCGGUCGGUUGCUUCUUCCUCCCUCGCUUUCCGUUCCUUCUCGUGGCAGACGCGGACGGACGGACGGAGGCGCGGCCGCCUGCGGGACGAAGCAAAGCAAAGCAAUAAGCAAGCAGCUGCGCCCUCGCCAUCUCCGCCCCGCCUCAUCCACCACACCAAACCAGAGAGAGCGAGAGCAGUUCGGCCGCCGGUCGCGUCCGAUUCCAGCAAAACCCCAGCGCCCCCCUGAUUGAUUUUUUCUUCUUUUUUUCAUUACCUUCCUCGGGUUCGGUGCCUCCCUGCCUGCCUGCCUGCCUGACUCCGCACGUCUUGCCCCUUUUCCCCCCCUCCCGACCGUCCACCGGAUCCAGGGAGCGAGCGAGGUUCGUGCUCAUCGACCGGAGUCACCGGACGACCCUCGAGGAAGGAUGUCGAGCCUCGAGGAGCCACUCGGUCUCGGAGACCUGCCCAAGUUGAGUAUUAACAGACUCGGGAGGUUCUUGUCGCCGACAGCUCGCAGGUCAUCACCGUCCGAUGACCACAGCACUGGAAAAUACAGCAACUCCUGCAAUGGUAGCCCCUUCCAUGGCAAUUCCUAUCCCUGGCAUCCGCAAUGCCGUCAGGCCGAUUCGUCAUGUGAUGCGGUGGAGCUUAGAGAUCUUCCUCGGAAGGUUAUGUGGGAACUGCCAAGGUUUGUGAAGAUAGUUGAGGUUGGACCACGGGAUGGCCUGCAAAAUGAAAAGGGCAAUGUUCCAACAUCCGUAAAGAUCCAACUGAUACACAAGUUAGUCGGUGCAGGUCUGUCAGUUGUUGAAGCCACAAGUUUUGUAUCCCCAAAAUGGGUGCCGCAGCUAGCUGAUGCAAAGGAGGUCCUCAAAGGUAUCCAGCAGGAGCCAGGCGUACGGUAUCCGGUGUUAACCCCUAACCUCAGAGGAUUUGAGGCUGCUAUUGCAGCUGGUGCAAAAGAAAUUGCGGUUUUUGCAUCGGCCUCUGAAUCCUUCUCUAAGUCGAACAUUAACUGUACCAUUGAGGAAAGCCUUGUUCGGUACCGUGGUGUUACAGCGGCUGCCAAGAAACAUGGACUAACUAUCCGGGGGUAUGUUUCAUGCGUGAUUGGUUGCCCUGUUGAAGGCACAAUUAAUCCGCCGAAGGUCGCAUAUGUAGCUAAGGAGCUUUAUAACAUGGGCUGCUCGGAGAUCUCACUUGGCGACACAACUGGUGUUGGGACACCGGGUAGCGUGGUUGCUAUGCUUCAAGCUGUCAUGGCGUUUGUUCCAGUAGACAAGAUUGCUGUUCAUUUUCAUGAUACAUAUGGGCAAGCCCUUGCCAACAUCCUAGUCUCCCUUCAAAUGGGGAUCAACGUAGUGGACUCAUCAGUGUCAGGCCUUGGAGGUUGUCCAUAUGCAAAGGGCGCCACUGGCAAUGUUGCCACAGAGGAUGUUGUGUACAUGCUCCAUGGCCUAGGUAUAGAGACCAACGUCGACCUCAACAAGCUCAUGGAGGCUGGUGAUUACAUUUCCAAGGAAUUGGGAAGGCCACUGGGUUCCAAGACUGCGACUGCUCUGCGCAAGCUAACUACCUGAGUCCCUGAAAACCUUCUCAAGCACUCCGAAGACAACGAUGAGAAAUGUAUCAACGAAGAGAAAUGUAUCAGUUGUGUUAUCACACGUUUUUUUUUUUACUUACUUAUAUAUACAGACGAGUCAUAUGAACGUCCUAAGGUUGUACUUUAGUUUGCAAUUUCGUGGACAUACUCUGAAAACAUUUGAUUCACACAGUUGUACCUCCCGUUGGAUGAUUCUGAAUAAUCUGGGUUUUCCUGGA